AUGAGAGACUUACCGGUGAGGUCGGCGAGGAGGGCGCGGGCGGGGCCCUGGGUGACGUUGUUGGCGACGUCGAGAAGCCAAAACCCUAGCACAAACACGGCGAUGGCACGGGGGCGGUGA